UCUGAACUGGAGAGGGAAAGAGAAGAAGAUUUCCCAUUCACAUUUUACCAGCACUGACCUGAGAGCUAUCACUGCCAGGUAAUGCAUACCACUGACCUACUACUACCAUGACUACUACUACUAGUAGAUCUACUAGGAAUGAUGAAUGAUUAUGUCGGAUCUUGGUCCAUGCAUCCUCUCAACACAAGGCGUGGACGUGUUCAGAACUUCCGCCACAGUACGGCAGGGCACCAGUGGCGGCAAGAUGGUACCGUGUGUAUAUCCAGUGUGACGCAUUUCAGUGAAUACGGAUUGGCAACAAGUGUUGUGACAGGCAGGAAGAUGGUCAGCUGGAUUGAAGGCUUGCCGGAGUGACGGGUUCAGGACAAUUCGGCGUCGGUAGGUGAGACACGAACCUUUUAGAGUUGAAAUGACGGGACAAACUCUGCCUUAUCGCCAUUCUAGCGACUGCGUGGACUAAACAUCCAAACGAGGACUGGUCUACUGGUCGGAGGAAACUUUCCACCCGCUAUGCCUGCCACGGCCACGUCGCGGCCUAUGCCGCCACGCCUCUGGCCGUGCGGCAUCGUUGCCCUGACGGCUAUACUGCUUGUGGUGGUGUCUGUUACGCAAUCGUCAGGUGCACCAUUGUCGUUAUCGCAAUCCGGCAUGCGACUCAUCCGUAGCAUGUACGGGCCCCCCCGACUGAAGGCCACACAGGAUAGAUUCACGGCAGAGUGGGUGGUUGGCAUUGGUCAUCGAAUACCAUCAGACAAGUUCCACCGUGACCGAGACUUAAAGAUCACCAUGGAACAGGCUCACAUCUACUUCUUGAAAGACAUUAAGGCGAGCGCGGCACUUGUAAAACACAUCCUUCAAGGAAAGAAGCUGGAGCAGCAGCAGUACGAUGCUCUGAUGUCAUUUGUGUUUGGCGCCAAUCCCCGUUCCGAGUCAGUACAGAGUGUUGCUCACCUCAUACAAAACGGCAAACUGAAACAAGUACCAAUGGAGAUGAAAAAGUUCAAUUACACCUGGUACAAUCGUGUUCCGUUUCUACUCCCGAGACUCGUCAGGCGGCGGCAAAAAGAGGCGUACUACUGGGCCACUGGGCGUCACCUGUUCAGCCGAAACAGAGUGAGAAGUGCCCCUGUUGGAAAGACACACACUAUUGACUAUGCGGGCACCUCUAGUUUCCCUUCAUCUAUAGCAUCUCGCCAUGUAGGCGGCAUUGGAAAGCACAUGGGGAAUGCUGAUCGAAGUAAGGCUCCAUCGGCGCAUGCAUGGGCAGUGCCUAAAGGCAGCACAAUGACCGCAGACUAUGCCGGCCGAUACAGUUUCCCUUCAUCCGUGCCUGCUCAUAAGGCUCAGGGCAGCACAAUGACCACAGACUAUGCCGGCCGAUACGGUUUCCCUUCAUCUGUACCUGCUCGCAAGGCUCGGCAUUCCUCUGCCACUGUUCCGGCCGGGUCCAGACGUUCACCGGGCCAUCCAAAGUUUCCAAGCAUUCAGACAGCUACUCACUGGAUGAAAGAGCCACUGUGGACAAGGUAUUGGAAUAGGUUUCGCCUUCCUAAAGCAAAGCCUCCGCCACAUCAAUAUCCUACCAAUCAGCCCAACUACCCGUAUCCAACUGCCAAACCUCAAUAUUACUAUCCAACUGCCAAACCUCAAUAUUACUAUCCAACUGCCAAGCCUCAAUUUUACUAUCAAACUGCCAAGCCUCAAUAUGACUAUCCAACUGCCAAGCCUCAAUAUUACUAUCCAACAGCCAAGCCUCAAUAUUACUAUCCAACAGCUAAGCCAUUAUACUCUUUACCAACCGCCAAUCCUCCACACCCCAAGUAUCGCCAUUCCCAUCCCACUGCCAAGCCGCUGAACACAAAUACAAGGCAUCGCUAUCCCACGCCUUCAUACACAAGACCUCGUCAUCGCCUCCCCUACCCAACGGCGAAGCCUCCGUACGCAAGCACAUUGCCUCACAGUCCCAAAUCGUCACACAAACGCCCAAGGCAUUAUUUCCCUUAUCCAACUGCUCUGCCGCUGUAUCCCCACAAUCAGUUUAGACCUACUAAACCUGGCAACCGUGGCAAUCGUCACCGCAUUCAGCAUCCACCUGCAAUGCCUCUAUAUCCCUAUCCUGCUGCACGGCAAUCUGCACACCGUCCGCACACACCGACUCCGCACGCCUUUCCUCACCUGUCCAACUCUUACCGCAGACUGUCCAGAGCGAGGGCGCCGUCUGCACCUCGUGCUGUUAGAAACAUGCAUAGAGGCUGUGGUUGUGGACGUCCUGGGUGCACUUGCGCAGGUUAUGGUAUGCCGACCAUCUCCGCCCAGACAUAUCCUCCCAAGCGCAUAUGGCCGGCAUUCAAGAAGCGUGGCUCAUUUCUUCAUGUCGACCGACGAUGGUCAGCGUACCCGUCAGCCAAACCUCCCGUAGAGUAUCCAGCUGUAUGGCCUUCGGCUAAGCCUCCUGUAGCAUAUCCGGUUGCGUGGCCUUCACCUAAGCCUCCCGUAGCAUAUCCAGUUGUGUGGCCUUCAGCACCUGCAAGGCCUGGCGGUGCGUUCCCAUAUCACAGGCAGCCGUACCCAGCAGCACCCAGGCAUCUACCCUACCCCACUGCAGCUCCGCAGUAUGCACAGCCGGGCAUUCAGGCUGUGCGCAUGCGUCUGCGCAGCGCACAGCCUGCUGCAACCUCACGUUUCUGGCCAGUAUUCUACAGGCCUAAUUCCUGGGCGUACCCAAGUGCUGGUAGACCCCCAGUAGCCCAUCCUAUUCCCUGGCCCACGCGUAGGCCAACCCACCGGGCGGAUAGACCAUACUGGCAUGGGGUUCACCCCACAGCAAGCUCUCUGCUACCGUAUCCCGGCGGAUAUCCCAUGCCGCAACCUAGGGCGCAGAACGUAAGAUUUCGCUCGGCAGGCCCAGCUGCUCGACGCUGGGCUGCAAAACCUUUGGCUUACCCGGAAAACCAACCGAAGAGUCCUACUUCUUCUAAUAGUGUAGCACAGCUCUCAACAAGUGUGACAACCGGUCCAGGUUCAACCUCGAUGCCUCCCGCCUCGACUCCUCCGGGUCCCACCAGCACACCAGCUAAUCCUUCAUCCACGGCAGGUAGUCCGAAGCCCUCUCCCACCAGCUCCCCAUCGCCUAUGUCCAGUGCACCAAUAAGUCCUUCAUCCACAGCAAGUGGUCCAACGUCAUCUCCCACCAGUUCCUCGUCACCUAGCUCCAGCAAAGGCAGCAGCAAUGGCGUUGCCGGCUCUAAACCAGCUCCAUGGCCAGCCUAUCAUCGUCGACGCCAGGCAAUAGCCGCAUUGGCCUCUCUAAGGCAAAGGCUUUUGCACAACACACAGCUGCAAGGCCUUCCCAACGUUCCAGCAAACGGGCAUGUCCCCUGGUCACAACCCUAUCACAUGCAGCACAAGCCCAAGUCGUUCUGAAGAAGGAAGGAGUGAAUCAAAGCUGAACGACUUCCUUGGCUGGAGGGAAAUGCAGUACCCGCAUGCAUUUCCAGUGGUUCAGACCCUUGCAUGCCAUUUGUUCAAACGCAAUGUAUGGCACUGCUGCUGCUAAAAACACACUGCAACCGCAAGCAUACAAAUAUUUCAUCUUCUCACUGUUGCACUGCUGCAUCAUCCAAGUUUCGUUUCUCUUUUGAAUGUCUUCCCUUCGCAAAACCCAACCAUUGAUUAUUCGCAGUGCCACUGGUGCAGGUGUCACGGCCAUGAGCAUACAGGUUUCACAGCCGUGAGUUGGCCAGUCCUAUGAGUUGUCUUUUCUUCCAUGUUUCUUUUCUUUUCCAGUCCAGUGUGCAACUUUCUACAUUA